AGUCCCUGUAGGCAUCCCCCGUUUGUUUGGGCACCAGGGAUCAGGUAGCCGGUCGUGUAAGUGAUAUCAAUUAGUGCCAUACUUCUGCUCAAUGAGAGGAGAAUACUGAACGACAAAGGAGAGGAGACAAAACCAACAAACCGACUGAACAGGCCAAUAUUUCUUCCUGUCACCGGCUUUUCUUCACCACAAGAGACUCGAGUACUCGCGGCGUAGGACAACAUGUACCCGGGCUGCACGAUGGGGUAGUAUCGGUCAUGUUCAACUCAAUGGGACGGGAGCGGAGGGGACGUGUUUGCGCAAGGUUGGACGGACGGCGCCAAGCGCUGCCGACAUGUGGCCGUAACCUUCGCCUUCUCUUCUUUCUCGGCUUUGCGGUGUCACUUUGCCAAGGACAGGGACUUCCAACCAUAACUAUGGUGAACUCAUGUGGCACAUCAGACCAAGACAACGGCAAGAUCGUGGAGUCCCAUGACGACUCGGUCAGCGACUACGUCACGUCAUCGCCGCUGGAUUGUAGCCUGACCUUCCAAGUCCCCUCCCCGUACACAAACAUCCUGUUUCAGUUCAGAUUCUUCGAGAUAACAAGUUCCUUGACCACCACAACUACAAGUAAUCCUACAUCUAUCAGCCCUAUCGGGACGACCCAAUCUGCGGCUGAUGUUUGCGACGGUGUCGGAGCCCAUGUGACAUUUUACGACGGUUCGUCGUCGUCGGCGCCCGUCCUGUCAGGACCAGUUUGCGGUAGCAGUACCCCGGGAAGCGUCAUCACGACUACCGGGAAUCUGACGAUGCGAUUGGUCAUCUCUGCUUCGUCUGCUCAAGUCAGCUUCGUGGGGGACUACACAUCAUUCCACUCAGACACAGGUUCCUGUACUGGAGGUAACCUGUUCCAGUGUACCAACAACAGAUGCAUCGCGUUCGACCUGACCUGUGACCAGACCGGCAUCGACAACUGUGGAGACGCCUCGGACCAGUCCUUCGGGCCACCAGCAAACUGCAAUCCGACCACUGCGCCCCCGGCUGUAGUGCCUGAGGACGGACUGAGCCCUGCAGUAGUAGGAGUGGUGGGCACCAUGGGAAGCCUCACUUCAGUGGCGGCUCUCUAUUGGCUCCUCUGGAAACCUGGCUGGCUGACGUGGCGCCUCAGCUCGUUACGUCACGUGAAGUACUUCUCAUCCAUUGGUCCUCACUGUCUCUCGUGUUCGCAGUUCUGUCAGAACAAGCUCUGCUCUCCGUUAGACGCCUGCCUCGGUACAGGUGCCACGUUAGUCACAGUCACCCCUGUCGGUAUCACCAUCGUGGUAGCCGAGGCAGAGGCAUCAACCUCCACAACAGCAUCCCAAAAUGCCCACAUCGUGAAGAAAGAGCCGACUAAAACGCGACUUCCCAAACGACCAGGCAAUCCAUCGGUAGCGGUCGCUCCCGCCGCCUCCGCCGCUGCUGCCUCCUCUCCCUUCCUCUCCGUAGACUACGGUCGGAGCGAUCUGGUCAGGCUCACCACGGACAGGGCAAGACCCAGGGAAGGUGAUUACUUGGACCAGUACGUCUGGGCCAACAAGAAAAGACUCGGAAUGGACCUGCUAUAGACCUGUUCUUUAUCAAUGAUUGGGAGCAACAAAAGCAGAACAUACUAUUAACUUAAGCGAAUUUCGACUGGAAAUCUUGAAAAUAUAAUCUAUCAGAGAAGGACACUCUACUGAACAAUAUACGAUUUUCAAUGAAAUAUGACAGACAGUGAAUCCGUCCAUCAUUUGACUCCAAAUGAACCAGUACCAACUACACUAACUUUUGUUCGCACAGCUAGGAGGUGCCGUUAUCGGUGUUCUUUCAACUUUCAAAGAAGCUUAGAAGACAGGCGCAUAGAAAGCAAUUUUCCAAAUGAGGUUAUAUAGAGAAACGCCUUGGUUUUCUUUAACGCUAUCUACCCCUCCUAGAGGGCUAAAUGCUGUCCAUGUAUGUUUUCGAAGUGACCAAGCAGGCUCAGCCUGAAGUUUGUC